AUGUGCUAUCCGUCUUUGCAUCGGCUAGUGAGUCAUUGGUUUCCGCCUCGGGAAUAUGCUUUUCUGGCCGGAGUUAUGCAUUCUGGAUACAUUGUUGGCACGGUGCUUGCGUUAUUGUGUAGCGGCUUCUUGAUUGAUUCACCCUUUCAUGGCGGUUGGCCUUUGCCAUUCUACGUGUCAGGCGCUUUGGCUUUUAUUUGGCUUCCGACUUGGAUCUUUCUAGUUAGUGAAACGCCCAAAACGCAUUCUUAUAUUACGAUGGGUGAAAAACGUUACAUUGAGGAUUCUUUAAAACACACAGAGAAUGGAGCUCUCUCUGCGCUGCCUUACAUUGCUGCCCUAGUGUUCAUGUUUCUGCUUACUCCAAUCGAUAGUUUGCUCAUCAAUCGUGGCCUGCUAUCCAUCCCGAGGGCUCGGAAGCUUUGGUCAGCGAUCAGUGCCUUUGGCAAGAGCAUCCUGCUAUUGACGAUCGCCUACAGUCCUCCGAACCACCGAGGCCUUAUCGUUGUUUUACUUGUGAUCAAUGUGGCGCUCUCUUCGUUGAUGCUGAUCGGUUUCAAUCUGGCGGAUUUGGAUUUGGCCCCACCAUAUGCUGGUUUUCUGUUUGCCAUUUUCAAUGCUUGUUCCACCCUCAGCGGUAUGCUUGCGCCGUUAAUUGUCGGCGCUUUUACCAACAUCUAUCCCGCGGAAGUUGCCUGGCGUAAUGUGUUUAUCCUAGCCUCCGCUGUUUCUUGCCUUUGUGGGGUGCUGUAUGUGUUGUUCGGUCGUGCCGAACUUUUGGAUUGGGUGUUGAAUCAGCAUGCCAAUCGACCGGAUAUCCUGUAUCAUCCGUUAGAGCAAGGCAAUUCUACUGACAGUUGGGAUCAGACACUGGAAGAAAUACCAGUCGAUCCAAAUGAACCUCAUUACUCUUCAAAGAUUUGCUAG